CACUCUGCGCGUACAUCCGGGAGACUGCUCCAGCGCGAACAGUCGUCCUGGGUGGCCAGAAAAGGCGAGACGAGGAGGCUAUAGCCUGAGUCUUGUGGAAGUUAAAACCCGUGCGUCCCAGUGAAUGAUGAAAACGCAGACUGGAUGAAAAACACCAAGACCCCGAGCCAGCACUACGUGGCUCCGCCCUGCCAGACUCCCCGCUCCGCCUCUCGGCCCCCAUUGGUCAAGAGCGCCGCCCGGCAGCCCUGAGAUUGGCCAGGAGGGCGGCCCGCCGCGACCAAUGGGCAGCGGCGCUGGCUUUCCCGCGGCCAUUCGCUAUUCGAGCGGGUCGUGGCGGCUCCGGCGGUUGGGAGGUUUAACGGCCGCCGGUCUCCGGCGCGACGAUGGCGGCCUUAGGGCCCGGAGGCUACGCGCGGAACGAUGCAGUCGAGAAGCUGCCAUCUGUCAUGGCGGGAGUUCCGGCGCGGAAGGGCCAGUCCUCUCCGCCCCCGGCCCCAGCGCUCUGCCUCCGGCGGCGGACGCGACUGUCGGCGGCGCCCGAGGACACCGUGCAAAACCGGGUGUCUCUUGAGAAGGUCCUUGGCAUCACAGCCCAGAACAGCAGUGGCCUCACCUGUGACCCUGGCACAGGCCACGUUGCCUACCUAGCAGGCUGUGUGGUAGUGAUUUUGAACCCUAAGGAGAACAAGCAGCAGCAUAUCUUGAACACCGCCAGGAAGUCCCUGAGCGCUCUGGCCUUCUCUCCUGAUGGGAAGUACAUAGUGACAGGAGAGAAUGGGCACAGGCCAGCGGUGCGCAUCUGGGACGUGGAGGAGAAAAGUCAGGUGGCGGAGAUGCUGGGCCACAAGUAUGGCGUGGCCUGUGUGGCCUUCUCACCCAAUAUGAAGCACAUCGUGUCCAUGGGAUACCAGCACGACAUGGUACUCAACGUCUGGGACUGGAAGAAAGACAUCGUGGUGGCCUCCAACAAGGUGUCGUGCAGGGUCAUCGCCCUGUCCUUCUCUGAAGAUAGCAGCUAUUUUGUCACUGUUGGGAACCGGCACGUGAGGUUCUGGUUCUUGGACGUCUCCACGGAAGCAAAGGUGACAGGUACAGUGCCCCUCGUAGGGCGCUCGGGCAUCCUGGGCGAACUUCACAACAAUAUCUUCUGUGGCGUGGCGUGUGGCCGGGGCCAGGUGGCAGGCAGUACCUUCUGUGUGUCCUACUCGGGCCUGCUCUGCCAGUUCAACGAGAAGAGGGUGCUGGAGAAGUGGAUCAAUCUGAAGGUCUCCCUGUCCUCCUGCCUCUGCGUCAGCCAGGAGCUCAUCUUCUGCGGCUGCACAGAUGGGAUAGUCCGCAUCUUCGAGGCCCACAGCCUGCAUUACCUCGCCAACCUGCCCAAGCCACACUACCUUGGGGUAGAUGUGGCACUGGGCCUGGAGCCUAGCUUCCUCUUCCGCAGGAAGGCGGAAGCCGUCUAUCCAGAUACAGUGGCACUGACGUUUGAUCCCGUGCACCAGCGGCUGUCCUGCAUUUAUAAGGACCACAGCAUCUAUGUCUGGGAUGUCAAGGAUAUCAACAAAGUGGGCAAGUUGUGGUCAGAGCUCUUCCAUAGCUCCUACGUUUGGAAUGUGGAGGUGUAUCCUGAGUUUGAAGAUCAGAGAGCUUGUUUGCCAUCAGGAUCUUUUCUGACUUGUUCCUCAGACAACACCAUCCGCUUCUGGAACAUGGAUAACUGCCGUGACUCUCACUGGCAGAAAAACAUCUUCAGCAAUACCCUUCUGAAGGUAGUGUACGUGGAGAACGACAUCCAGCACCUGCAGGACAUGUCACACUUCCCAGACCGCGGCAGCGAGAGCGGGACACCCGUGGACGCGAAAGCCGGGGUGCGCGUCAUGCAGGUCAGUCCUGAUGGCCAGCACUUGGCUUCAGGCGACCGCAGUGGAAAUCUGAGGAUCCACGAGCUGCACUUCAUGGAUGAGCUGGUGAAGGUGGAGGCCCAUGAUGCUGAGGUGCUAUGCCUGGAGUACUCCAAGCCUGAGACAGGGUUGACCUUGCUGGCCUCGGCCAGUCGGGACCGCCUGAUCCACGUGCUGAACGUGGAGAAGAACUACAACCUGGAGCAGACCCUGGAUGACCACUCCUCCUCCAUCACGGCCAUUAAGUUUGCUGGCCACAGAGACAUCCAGAUGAUCAGCUGUGGGGCCGACAAGAGCAUCUACUUCCGCAGUGCCCAGCAGGCCUCAGAUGGGCUCCACUUUGUCCGUACCCACCAUGUGGCAGAGAAAACCACCUUGUAUGACAUGGACAUUGACAUCACCCAGAAGUACGUGGCCGUGGCCUGCCAGGACCGCAACGUGAGGGUCUACAACACCGUGAACGGGAAGCAGAAGAAGUGCUACAAGGGCUCCCAGGGUGAUGAAGGAUCCCUGCUGAAGGUCCAUGUGGACCCCUCAGGCACCUUCCUGGCCACAAGCUGCUCUGACAAAAGCAUCUCAGUGAUCGACUUUUACUCGGGCGAGUGUGUUGCCAAGAUGUUCGGUCACUCAGAAAUCGUCACUGGCAUGAAGUUCACCUAUGAUUGUCGUCACUUGAUCACAGUGUCCGGAGACAGCUGUGUGUUCAUCUGGCACCUGGGCCCCGAGAUCACCAACUGCAUGAAGCAGCACUUGUUGGAGAUGGACCACCAGGAGCAGCAGCAGCACACCAAGGACCGGAACUGGAGCAGCGACCCCAGGCAGGAGACGUGCACGACCACACCCCGUGCCCCUCGCUCGCUGAGUCCUGGAGAGCAGACGGAGGAAGAGCUGGAGGAGGAGUGCGAGCCAGAAGAGCUGCUGACGACACCGUCCAAGGAGCGCUUGGAUCCAGAUCCUCGCUGCCUGCUGACUAACGGCAAGCUGCCACUUUGGGCAAAGCGGCUGCUAGGAGAUGACGAUGUGGCGGACGGCUCGGCCUUCCACCCCAAGCGCAGCUACCAGCCCCACGGCCGCUGGGCGGAACGGGCUGGCCAGGAGCCCCUCAAGACGAUCCUGGAUGCGCGGGAGCUGGAUUGCUACUUUACCCCCAUGAAGGCCGAGAGCCUGGACGACUCCAUUCUGGACACGGUGGAGCCACAGAACCUGGCAGGUCUGCUGAGCGAGUCAGAGAGCCCCCGCGAGGACGGCUGCGGGCAGCGCCCCUUCCUGCCACCACAGAGGGAGCCAGCGGAGGCCAGCGAGCUCUUCAUCUACUCCCUGGAGGCAGAGGUGCCAGUCCCGGGGACAGACAGCGAGUCCUUCGAGAAGGAGGCCGAGGCAGGGCCUGGAGACCAGCUCGCUGACUCCUACCUCAGGGUCUCCUCCAUCAGCUCGAAGGAUCAGAGCCCACCCGAGGAUUCGGGGGAGUCAGACAGUGAUGUGGAGUGCAGCCAGGCCUCCCCUCCUCGGCCCGAGCCAGGGCCUCGCUGUGCCGGAACGACGCCCCACUCACGAGGCUGCCCAGGCCCCUCGGAGGAGGAGCUGCCCCGGCCCGAGGGGCCCAGCAUGCCCAGCAGCUCCCUGCCCCAGACCCCUGAGCAGGAGAAGUUCCUCCGCCACCACUUCGAGACCCUCACUGACGCCCACCCUGAAGAGCUCUUCCACGGCUCCCUGGGGGACGCGAACGUCCCUGAGGCCGAGGACGUCUUCCUCAACCCCCGGCUGAGCAUCUCGGCCCAGUUCCUCUCACGCCUCCAGAAGCCAUCCAGGCUCGCCCAGGCCUUCCCUGCCCGGCUGCCCCGCCACCUGGCCAAGUCUCCCGAGGUGAAGCCCACGGACAGCAGGGGGAGCCAGCCCAGAGCCGAGCCCCUGCGAGCAGGUGCUGGCCACGCCUCCCCGGAGGGGAGCACGGUCCGCUGUGGGGAGAAGGCUGCGGAGACCUCGGAGGCCUGGUGCCCACGGACCUCCUGCCUCACCUGCCCGGCUCCCUGUGUCCCUUCCUCCCCAGUGCCUCCCACAGACAGGAAGCCGCCGACACCCACAUCCGUACCUCCCCCCGGCCUGGCUCCGGGUGUCCACACCCCCUCCACCUGUUCCUACAUGGAGGCCACUGCCAGCUUCCGUGCCAAGAUGUCACGCAGCAUCUCCCUGGAGGACAGUGAAGGCUCUGUUGUGGCUGAGCUGGCCAGGGCCCUCAGAAGGCCCUCAUCUGUGGGGGAGCUGGCCUCCCUGGGCCAGGAGCUCCACCCCAUCACCGCCACAGCGACACCCAGUUCUGGCAGCGAGAGCCAAGGGCCCACCCUCCCCUCCCGGGGCAACCACGAGGCCCGGGCCAACCUGAGACUGACCCUGCCAAGUGUCUGUGACAGGCUCCUGUUGUCCCCACCCCCUCUGGAGUCACCCACACGUGUCUGGUCCCAGAAGCCCACGGAAGCCCAGCCCUGUGUCACGGCCCCAGCACCCGGCCCCAUGGAUAAUAAUGUCCCAAGGCCCCACCACUCUGCCUUUCUCACAAGGCUCCCAGCUCCUGAGCCCCUCAACUCUCCUGCCCACCCCAACAGCCCCCAGUUUCCAGAGGCCAGGCCUGGAGUCCCUAGUUGCACUGCUUCCUUCCUGGAGCCCACCCCUGGUGCACUCAGCCUGAUCCGGGGCAGCCCUGGCCACUGCGGGGAGCCGGGGCUGCCGGCUGAAGUCCCGCCCCCAGUGCCCCUUGAGCUGACCAGCGUGGGGAGUGUCGUGCGCAGGCUGCAGACUGCCUUCCAAGAAGCCCUGGGCCUUUACCACACGUUGGUCUCCAGCAACCAGAUGGGGGCCGAGCGGCGGCAGGCACAGACCGAGCUGGCGUCCACCUUCCUUUGGAUCCACAGCCAGCUGGAGGCCACCGACUGGCUAGUUGGGACUGACAUGGCCCCCGCCCAGGCCCUGCCCAGCCCAGCGCCCCCCUCCCCACCUCCGCUGUGCCCGCUGGCCAGCCCAGACUUGCACGCCCUGCUAGAACACUACUCGGAACUGCUGGUACAGGCCGUGCGGAGGAAGGCGCGGGGGGACUGAGGGCCGGCAGCACCCCCUCCCCCACACCUCUGCUGUGUUUGAAGAAAUAGGUAUUUUAAGAAUUAAACUGACAGGCUUGGA